AUGGCUGCUCGUAAAGAGCCUCAAUUCUCGAGCAUCGUGCCCAGUAUCUUCUCAACCAUCUUGGAAGGCACCGUCUCAGACACCUCCACACACUGGCAGGAACAUGACUCUUCUUCGCUGCCAGCGCCCAAGAUUCUCAAGCAUUCUGCCCUCGCGAUCCUGUCGCCGCACGACUACGCCGAGUCUCGCACACGGUACUCUGCGCAUGUCGUCGAUCUAGCCGAUUCUGUUAAUGCAAUGCAUGAUAUAUGUCUAAAUAUGCCUGCACCACCAGCCUCUUCCACUCCAGCCCCGGCGACAAAAGGACGACGCAGGAAGCUAGCUGCCUUGCCGAAAAGGUCUAUCAAAGAGGCGACGUCUCCUUUGUCUGCACCUACUCCCACGCCACAGCCAUCGGAGUUCCAAUUCAAACCCAGCGAACCGAACUUGCUUCCAUCGUCGACCCUGCAUGCAAAGUCGAUAUUUGCUACAGAUGUUUCUCAUUCUUCAAGCUCGGUAUUCUACCCCCUUACUCCUCGUGCGCCUGCACCGUCAUCAUUUUUGUCGCUUGCGCUCGCCAAGGACGGGCCAUCGAUCACAUCGGCGGUGUCUUCCACACCCCACGCAACUUCUACUUCAUCUCCUACAACAGACAUGUCAGCUGUGUCGCGGCCAUCUAAUGCUCAUCCUCUCUUCGGGAAGCCCGCAAUGAUGCCCCUUCCAUCAAGACGUACGUCCGGGCACUCCGAAGUAUCCACUUCGCAGGAUCAGUCCUCAAGACCAUCUGUGGUAUUGGACUCGUCGUCUAUAACGCGCAUGUUACCCCCGAUAUCCGUCGCAUCCGACGAAUCGGAGGGCUUUGCGACUGUAUUUGAUCAUCCAUCCACCCUGUCUUCAUCACAACCGUCCACAGAUUCCUCUCCUCUAUUGCCAGCGUGGUCACCCACCUCGCCGCCACCUUUGAAAGGCCGACGGCGCAAGGUUGCACCACUUCCCUCAAGGCAUCUCGCCAAUGAGCCAACGUUCCCAACUUUCAACGAAAAGUAUUCAAGAGAGCCAUCCUUUACACCUACCUCGCCCCCGUCGCGCGCACCGUCCCUGGAACCUGCCUUCUCAGACGCCUCAAGCUCGCCCGAGCCCGACACCCUUCCUACCCCACCUUCGUCGCCACCUGGGUUCUCGUUCUCGUCCCCUGUUAUCCUCAGUCCGGAAUCGCAUGUUUCGGAGCCACUCUUGUUUUCCCUUGCAAAAUCUCGCUCGGAGCACGACAACGGCGGAUUCCACUUCGGAUCGCCGCCACCUACAUCGAAGCCUCUUCAAAAAGGAAGGCUUGACUUCGGGUUCCCCUCCAUUGACCAGACCCUACAGGGGUCAUCUGCAUCGUUCUCGUUCUCGUUUGAUCGACCAUCAUGA